AUGGCGGCGGCGGCGCUGGCGCUGGCGCGGCUCGGGGCGGCUUUGCUGCUGCUCGCGGCCCAGGUGGCCUGUGAGUACGGAAUGGUACACGUGGUGUCAGAGUUUGGUGGCCCCCGAGGCCGGGACUACUGUGUCCUCUACAACCCACAGUGGGCACACCUGCCACAUGACCUUGGCAAAGCGCCUCUGCUGCAGCUUCGGGACUGGUCGGCCUCCGUGCUCUGCUCACCCGCUGACCUCCCUGCCGGGGGCUUCAGUAACCAGAUCCCACUGGUGGCGCGGGGCAACUGCACCUUCUACGAGAAAGUGCGGCUGGCCCAGGGCGGCGGGGCCCGUGGGCUGCUCGUCGUCAGCCGGGAGAAGCUGGUGCCUCCCGCAGGCAACAAGACGCAGUACGAAGAGAUUGGCAUUCCCGUGGCCCUGCUCAGCCACCGGGACGCACUGGACAUCUUCAAGAGUUUCGGUCGAGCAGUGAAGGCGGCGCUGUACGCGCCCAACGAGCCCGUGCUGGACUACAACAUGGUCAUCAUCUUCAUCAUGGCCGUGGGUACCGUCGCCAUCGGGGGCUACUGGGCAGGAAGCCGGGAUGUGAAGAAGAGGUACAUGAAGCACAAGCGGGACGACGGGCCCGACAAGCAGGACGACGAGGCGGUGGACGUGACCCCCGUCAUGAUCUGCGUGUUCGUGGUCAUGUGCUGCUCCAUGCUGGUGCUGCUCUACUGCUUCUACGACCAGCUCGUCUAUGCCGUCAUUGGAAUCUUCUGCCUGGCCUCUUCCAUUGGCCUCUACAGUUGCCUGGCGCCCCUGGUCCGCAGGCUGCCCCUCGGCAGGUGCAGGCUCCCCGACAACAGCCUGCCCUACUUCCACAAGCGCCCGCAGGUCCGCAUGCUGCUGCUGGCACUGGCCUGCGUCGCCGUCAGCGUGGUGUGGGGCAUCUUCCGCAACGAGGACCAGUGGGCCUGGGUCCUGCAGGACGCCCUGGGCGUUGCCUUCUGUCUCUACAUGCUGAAAACCAUCCGCCUGCCUACAUUCAAGGCCUGCACGCUGCUGCUGCUGGUGCUAUUUAUCUAUGACGUCUUCUUCGUCUUCAUCACGACCCUUUCUCUCUAGAGCGGUAACAGCAUCAUGGUGGAGGUGGCCACAGGCCCCUCAGACUCGGCCACCCACGAAAAGCUGCCCAUGGUCCUGAAGGUGCCCAGACUGAAUGCCUCCCCACUGGCCCUGUGUGACCGGCCCUUCUCCCUGCUGGGCUUUGGAGACAUCUUGGUGCCAGGGCUGCUGGUGGCCUACUGCCACAGGUUCGACAUCCAGGUGCAGUCCUCCCGCGUCUACUUCACAGCCUGCACCGUCGCCUAUGGCAUCGGCCUCCUGGUGACGUUCGUGGCACUAGCCCUGAUGCAGCGUGGCCAGCCAGCCCUGCUCUACCUGGUGCCCUGCACGCUGGUGACAAGCUGCGCCGUGGCGCUCUGGCGCCGGGAGCUGGGCGUGUUCUGGACGGGCAGCGGCUUUGCGGUGAAUACCAGUUUGCUAUGA